CGUGUAUGUAUCGGAAACCGCGACGCCCGUCAGCCCCAGCUCGCCUGAGAGUCCACCACCAAAAUCGUUUGGAUAGCAGUAAUCCCCUGGAAUCACGCAUAAACGCGUUUAACUGUCUUCAUCAUGCCUGAGGGUCAGAUUUUCAAGGCAACUUACAGCGGAAUUCCCGUGUUCGAGAUGAUGUGCAAGGGCGUUGCUGUCAUGCGCCGGCGCGCUGACUCGUGGCUCAACGCGACUCAGAUCCUGAAAGUCGCAGGAUUCGACAAACCUCAGCGAACCCGCGUACUCGAGAGAGAAGUCCAGAAAGGCGAGCACGAAAAGGUUCAGGGUGGGUAUGGAAAGUACCAAGGAACGUGGAUACCUCUUGAACGAGGUCUCGCCCUGGCAAAACAGUACAACUGUGAAGCUGCUCUGCGCCCCAUCAUUGAUUUUCAACCGGCAGCCAAGAGCCCGCCUCUGGCUCCUAAACAUCUCGUCUCUACGAGUACAGCGGCUCGUCCCCCGCGUCGCACCGCUGCAGCUGCAGAAGCAGCGGCCGCCCUUGCUGCUACUGCUCGCUCACGCCGUAAUGCAGAACCCAUAGUUGAAUCCGAUCACGAAAUAUUAUCCGUCCAUGCAUCGGAGGAUGGAUCUAUGACAUCCUCGCCUUCCCGCGGCUCAUCAAGUUCACGCACUCCCUCACCCAUCGGAAAUAAAUUUGGAUCGACGGACACUACUAAAGACCGCCGCAGUGGCAAUCGUCGAAAACCACCACAGCGCCACAUAGAUGACCGCUAUGAUGACGAGGGUUCAGAGGAGGAACCCACGCAGUCUAACGGCACGACCGACCCACGCGCAUACGCAGACCAAAUCCUCGAGUACUUCAUUUCUGACUCAAAUCAAAUUCCCCAGGUUCUCAUUUCCCCACCGCCUGAUUUUGACCCGAAUACCGCCAUCGAUGAUGAUGGUCAUACGGCAUUGCAUUGGGCCUCAGCAAUGGGUCGCCUACGUAUUGUCAAGUUAUUGAUCACAGCGGGCGCAGAAAUAUUCAAGGUGAACAAAGCAGGUCAGACUGCGCUCAUGCGAAGUGUCAUGUUUGCAAACAACUAUGAUGUGCGGAAAUUCCCCGAGCUGUACGAACUUCUUCACCGUUCCACACUCAACAUCGACAAUUAUAAUCGGACCGUAUUUCACCACAUCGUCGACGUCGCAAUGUCGAAGGGGAAAACACAUGCCGCGCGGUACUACAUGGAAACAGUGCUCAACCGCCUAGCUGACUACCCAAAAGAACUCGCAGAUGUCAUCAAUUUUCAAGACGAAGACGGUGAAACUGCACUGACAAUGGCUGCCCGGUGUCGGAGCAAGCGUCUUGUGAAACUUCUUAUCGAUCACGGGGCUAAUCCAAAAAUCAUUAACAAUGAUGGCAAGAGCACCGAAGACUACAUCCUCGAGGACGAACGUUUCCGUUCGUCUCCAGGUCCAACCUCUCGCCUCUCAUCAAUGUCCUUCCGCAAUGCCCAAGCGACUCUCGGUCCCACAUCCUCCAAUGCAAUGACGUUGGCCUACCCUAUGAAUGGUGACAGGCCCCCACUCCAUCACUCUGUUGCAGGGCAGAAGGCCAGCACGCGCUGUGUCAAUGAUAUCACAAGCAUGCUCGACAGUCUCGCCUCGUCAUUCGACCGCGAACUGCAAGAAAAAGAGCGUGACAUGACACAAGCGCAUGCACUCUUGCAGAAUAUUCAGCAAGAAAUUCUAGAGAGCCACCGCGCCGUGAACCAGCUCAAAACGAAAGCGGAGGGGCUGCAGCUAGCUAAGAGUGUGCUUGUGGAUUUGGAAGGACGAUUACUUGACAAGAUGGGGAGGCGGUAUCGUCUGGGCUGGGAGAAAUGGGUAAAGGACGAGGAGAACCGCGAAAUGUCGAUACGGGAUGCUGCUGAUGGAGAGUUGAAGAUCACAGCAGCGACGGUGCCUUACCGGACGGACGACGACAUCGAGGAAGUUGCAGAGCCUGGGAAAGACAAGGGGAAAGGGAAGCGAAAGGCAUUACCCCAGGAAGAGGAGAUCUCGGACCUGUUGGCGUUAUAUGCUGACGUGCCUACGGAUCCAGAAACACUGCGAGUCACCUGCGAUGCCUUAAGAGAAGAGAUUGGACUGCACAGGAAACGAAGGAAAGAUAUGUUUGACGAGCUGGUUUCAUUCCAAGCAGAGGCGGGGACUGGUGGACGAAUGGCUGAGUAUAGAAAACUGAUUGGGGCAGGGUGUGGUGGAGUGCAGCCAUCGGAAGUGGACAACGUGAUUGGGAUGUUGCUUGAGACGCUAGAGUCGGAGGAACCCAGCGCAUCAUCGACAGCAUGGAGCGGGUCCAAAGCUGGGCCGAUGGGCUGACGGCCGAGUUUAUUGAGGCAUUGGUAAUUUAUGACAUUCUUCUCUUGUAAUCAUACCGAGCCUUUAUUGCUGGAUCUCGACUUCAAUACAAAAAAAAAAUCGC